AUGGCUACGGGUAUCAAGCGCUACCAGGGCAUGAUAUUCGCGACCCUGUUCUUCGGGUACGCCUGCUACGGCUACAACCGCAAAAGCGUCACAUUUGUGCUGCCCGCACUUCUCGCUAACGGACUGCGCAAAGAUGAAGCUGGCGCGAUCCUGAGCAGCCAGAACCUGGCGUACGCCGGCAGCAAGUUCCUGUUCGGCGUGCUGUCAGACCGCGUCAGCUCUCGCCUGAUGUUCGCCGCGGGCCUGUUGAUGUCGGCCGUGUUCACCAUCGUGCUGGCUGCGGCGGCGUCCGUAUCCGCCGAAGUGAUUGCGGUGCUCUGGUUUCUCAACGGCUGCGCCCAGGGCUGCGGCUGGCCCUCGCUCAUCAAGGUCCUCCAACAGUGGUUUUUACAAGCGCAGUUUGGAACGUUGUACGGUGUGCUGUCAGCUUCGGCCAACAUUUCGCUGACUGUAGCCCCAUUCCUGUCUUCGUAUCUGAUGCUCACUUACAACUGGAGAGUAAGCGUCGGGUUCACGGGCGUGAUAUGCGCCAUUAUGGGCCUCCUGUCUCUGUUCACUAUCGUCAACAAGCCAAACGACGUCGGCCUCAGUGUGACCGAAAGCCGGAGAUCGAGUGUUAAGUGUCCGGACACCGGCUUGCCUGCCGGCAAAGAGGUCGCGCUCAAAAGCGCAACGACCAGGGAGCAGCAGGAGCAGGAACUCACCAGCUCCGCGGCGACCACUGUGAACCUGCUGAGCAGCCCGUUUAUCUGGCUGCUGUCCGCGUCGUACCUGACCAUGUUCUUCGCACGCACGGGUGCCGCCGACUGGGGUCAGAUCUACAUUAUCGAGGACCUCAAGCAGACCCAGUUUGCCGAGAAAACAGAUCUCGAAGACUAUGCUUUUGCGGACUGCAAGUGCCGAAAGUGA